AUGGAUAAAAAUGGCGUGAGGUUCAAAUUCAAUGCGUAUGCACCUGAAUUCGUGUCGAGAUCGCGUACCCAAAUGUUACCCGUUUCGACUUAUUAUUACCCUUUCUUUCACUAUCGUAACGGUGGCGACGGUAGUGGUGGUGGUGGAGGAUUUGAUUGGUUCUUUGUCGCAAACGAAUCAUUGUCAAGGCAAAUAAGCCAAGAUCCUGAAGGUUAUGUUCCCAUAUCUUUCAUUUCUUCAACAAAGAAAAUCAAGUCUCUCAUCUCUAACAACCAGUUGCUGGCCAAAGUACUUCGAUCCUCUUCAAAGCUUGUUGUUAGUGAUGAUGGUAAGAAGGUUAAACUUUUAGUGGUUUUGGGUUUACUUGUUUCGUCUCAUACCGUUGUUGUAGAGAAUUUGCUUGAAGAUUACUCUCAUCAGAACCUAAACAAAAUUUUUAAAGUUGUCGGAAGUGUGAAGAACAUUCAAAUAUGUCAUCCUCAAGAGUCCAAUUCUCCUCGCUCUAAAACUGAUUUUUCCACUUCUAACAAGGUACGAUAA